AUGGCUCCCAUCUCCGUCUUCCGUCUUGCGACGCGCGCCGUCCGCCCUUCCGGCCUCUUCAGAGCUACCCAAUUGCCCCGGUCUCGGGUGCAGGCUCCCGCUGCGUGGUCCCUCGGUCGCCCGGCCUUCAGCACCUCAAUGAAGCUCCGCUCCGGCCAGCACGACGACGAGACAUACGAGGAGUUCUCUGCUAGAUUCGAGAAGGAAUUCGAUGGUGUGCAGGAUGUUUUCGAGCUCCAGCGUAACCUCAACAACUGCUUCGCUUACGAUCUCGUCCCCUCCGUCGAGGUCCUCUCCGCUGCUCUGCGGGCCGCCCGCCGCGUCAACGACUUCCCCACCGCUGUCCGAAUCUUCGAGGGCAUCAAGGCCAAGGUCGAGAACCAGGAUCAGUACAAGCAAUACCUCGAAGCCCUCGAGGGUCUCCGCCAGGAGCUGGGCGUCGCCCUGCGGGAGGAACUCUACCCCGAGCAGGAAUAG